ACCCGACCGGCCGAUUUAUUAUGACACGAUUGCAAACAUACAGCUAAUUCAUGAUGAAUGGACAUUACUUAUGUACUAUAAUUUAUCAAAUUACUGGACAGGUGUACAACGAAUCACGACCUACCUCAAUGGACUGAAUGAGUUAUGCCAUAAAACUGACCCUAGAUAUUGCAAGACAACUCUAGAACAACUGAAUCAUGAAAUGGAGAUACUGGAAUAUUACAAUACUGUAUUAUUGGCCCCGCACAAACACUUGGGUGAUCGAAAGAAACGAGGACUAAUUGAUGGAAUAGGGUAUGUCGCUAACAGCCUUUUCGGUGUAUUAGACCAACGUUUUGCCGAUAAAUACCAGAAGGACAUACAAGCUAUUCAAAAUAACGAGAAUUAUCUACUAGAACUGUUGAAAAAUCAAACCUCAAUCGUUGAACUUCAGAACCAAGUAUUAAAAAAAAACGAACAAAAUAUACAGCGACAGUUUGCCUUAAUAGAUGUCUUUAUGAAUGAAACUGACUCCAGCUUAGCUAAGGUUGAAUCCGAAAUAGAAAUCAUGAUGGCUACAAGUUACUUCAACACGGCAUCUCUCACAGCAUACCUGCUCAUCACUAACUUAAACAGAAUUCAAGAAAUGUUAUUCAAAACAUUAACUGAUGUCUAUAAAGGUCAUAUAGAUGUCCAUUUGAUUACACCUACAAACCUGAUUGAACAAUUAUCGGAGAUCGCCAGCAAGCUCCCGAGUACCUCGUACUUGCCUGUUAAAAACAUCAGAGAAGAUUUAAAGGAUCUGUAUAAGCUGCUGUAUAUGAGAGCAAGAGUCACGAAUUACUAUUUUUUAUUUGAAGUGCAUGUGCCACUGAUAGCAGACGAAGACUUCACAUUAUACAAAGCCAUACCCUUACCUAUGAAAAUCAACACUGAAACUACUAUUGUACUAAUGUCUGCACAGUACAUAGCUGUUAACUUUAGGAAGAAUAGUUAUGUCUCGUUGAAUGAAGAUGACUUGAAACUUUGCUUCCCUCUUCAACUUGGCAAACUAAUAUGCAACAAAAAUCUGCCUAUUUUCAACUUAUACAACAACAACGCUCCAUGCGAAGCAAAACUAUUGAGUCACCAAACUACGUCACCUUGUGACGUACAAAGAACGUCAUGCAAGGAGGAGUGGAUCCCAUUACACACUGCGAAUGCUUGGUUAGCAAUUUGUUGUGGCACUUGUACGCUACGAACUGUAUGUGAAAAGGAUGUUACGUCACAUUCAAUGACGACCGGGAUAGUGAACCUAGCCGAAGGGUGUUCACUGCAAUCAAAGGAACUUACCAUACAUUCGCAUAACCAAUAUAAUAGCCACAUGAAGAUGGAUUUUAAAAUUAAUGUUCCAACGCUAAACUCGAUGAUAAACAACAUAAUAAACAAAACAUAUCAUAACCGCUCCCGUGUGGUAUUUAAUAUGGAUGAAGACUUAGACAAAAUUGACAAGCAAAUAGCCACUCUUCAGAAACGAGAAGAGCAGCUCCCCACUACUGUUACCAAUCAUGACAUCCAUCAGUAUGCCAUCUCUUACACGAUAGUUGGCAUCAUGAUAAUUGGAACUUUGUGGUGGGUUGUAAAGCGAUUCGGCCCAACCUGUGGCAUAAGACAAACCGAGAACAGGCCAGCCACGAACCACGUCCAGUUCGAAGGCAUAGAGUUAAAACCGAUACCAAGAAGACCUCAAGAAGAACCAACGUCAUCAAGGAGUCAAUCGGAGCAGCGCACCGAGCAUCCACGACGGGGACCUGAAGCCAAUGACAACUUAGCGUUCAACUUUGAUUGAUACGAUAUCAAUUUUAUAAUCUUUGUAACAGUGUUUCUUUGCUCGACAGUAUCUACUUAUUUUAAUUAUUUCUAGUUUAUUUUGGGUUUGCCAACAUGUACGGUUUCAUAACCGUACAUAGCACGUAUAGUCGACGCAGCAAUAUUGAAUGCGCGUCACCCAAUGCAUAGCAUAUAUAAUUUAGCGUAUUACAUUAAUCGUAGUAGUAGUACUUUAUCUACCAACCAACGUCAAGCAAAGAAAUACGACAACGUUAUUUGUAACUAUUACCAAACUUAAUAUACGCAACUAGCAACUAGAACUUGUGAUCUUUUCUGUGAGCUACUACACCUUCUACAACCACAAACUACAGUGUAAGGAUCUAACUGGAC